AUGUCAGACGUGGCUGUGGACACCAGCUCCGAGAUCACCACCAAGGACUUGAAGGAGAAGAAGGAGGUUGUGGAGGAAACAGAAAAUGGAAGAGAAGCACCCGCUAAUGGGAACACUAACGAGGAAAAUGGGGAACAGGAGGCUGACAAUGAGGUAGACGAGGAAGAGGAAGAAGGUGAUGGUGAGGAAGAAGAUGGAGAUGAAGAUGAGGAGGCCGAGGCAGCUACGGGCAAACAGGCAGCUGAAGAUGAUGAGGAUGAUGAUGUUGACACCAAGAAGCAGAAGACCGACGAGGAUGACUAG